CUUACAUAUAAACCGAGUUUAUAUCGACAUAAGUCAAGUUUUUUGGGUACACGGCUUUAAAGUUUUUUCCUGGGCCUGAACGAAACGGGCGAAUUUCGCCGGAAUUUCGUUUUUUUGGGACGAAAUCCAAAACUCUGCUACCAGCCGUCGCCGCCCCGCGACCUCAGCCUGGUGCCUACGGCUCUGGUUCCGCUCCAGGGGCCGCCGCCCCAGUUCGUGGCGCCUCAUCUCGCCCACUAUGGCAACGCGACGCGCCCGAUGCAGUUCGCGGCGCCGCCGCAGCACAUGAGGUUCCACCUCUACGCGCCAGGGCGCCCGUCGCUGUUCGUCGACAUACGCGCCUACUCCUACACGCCGCCUUCGAGAGGUACGACGACUACGCUCCGACGCUUCCGCUGCCGUCCUUCCACCCACAGGUGGCGGCCGUGCAGGGCUACCAUACCUAUCCUCCUGCGCCGCCUGUUGGCGAAGCCGGCAGCACGUGUUGGGAUUGCCAGGCCCGGUCGGCGGAGCGGCCGUUUCCGUGCGGCCACGUCUUCCUCUGCCGCCCGUGCUACAAGCGCCGCAUCUCGUGUCCGUGCUGCGCCGGCUGGGUUCCCUCGCCUUUCUGAAGCCUAGGAUGAGCUGCGAUACCCGGAUGUCGACGCAGAGUAGAGGAAGAUCUGAAUGGGAGUUCUUCACAAGUACUGGAUACAAUGACAGCAGAACUGGACGCCUACUUUUGCCUAUAGGAAAGAUAGAUAUAGGUCUAGAAAAAUGCAAACAGUAGAUCUCGAUUAAACUCGCUUCGUUCCGUCGGCAGAACAUGUGUUUUGGCCUCACUGUCCUAUGAUUCAGCACUACUGAAACUGUUGACGUUGGACGUAGUCGCUCUUCUGACAUUCAUCUCUGUAAUGUGAGUUGUGGACGAAACAUUUGAACUUAGUUUUUUUUUUGCAA